AUGAUGUACCAUGUAGAUCCAGAGAAGGAGGGGGCAAUCUUCAUUGCGGUCAACGAGUCCAUAAAGACUGAGCAGCCCAUCCCGAACAGCAAAUUCCAUCUCGACGAGUUCUUUGAAAUAAUUGAGGACAGUAAGUUUGACCGCUAUAAGCACAACCGUCGUAGAACUUGUUCUUACCCUGUCGGUGUUAAACUUUAGGUGCAUGGGUGGUGGCUUCGGUAGCGAAACCAAAUAGGCAGGUCUAGGGUCGUAAACAGAUAUUCAAGGCCCUGCAACAAACAGGACACCAGCGUCGCAUACUGAACUUGAAAAAGAUUAAGACGCAUUCUUCUCCCUCAUUUGGCCUUUAUAGGUGUAGCAGGCAUCGCUGAGAGCAGCAAUGUCCGCCCUAAUCUGCUUUUGUCUCAGAUGAUGGGUUCGAGCAAGAAUUCGAAACGUCAAGUUAAUAAGGCUAUUGUCCUGGACAUCGUUUCUUCCUCUUCAAGAAUGUCCACGUUGUGA